AUGACUGAUCAGAAGGUCCUCAAUGUCAUCGAGCGCCCGCUUCCCAACGGCGUCAUCUACGACAUGUCAACCGUCGGACAAAUACGCAUCAAACUCCCCGAAUCUUCGACCUGGUCAAGUGGUCUUCAUUGGCAUGAAACUCACGAUGAGUACUUGAGAGUGGUGAAAGGAACAAUUCGAGUUCGGCUAGGAGAUUUGCGACAAGUCAUCAGCGCUGUCGAUGGGAACCAGCCCGAGAUCAAAGUCCCGCGCUAUGCGUGGCAUGAAUGGCAGCGAGCCGCACCAGAUGGCGAAGAGGUCAUCGUGAUUGAGAGGACAGAGCCAGAUGAUAACGACAAAGCCAUUUUCUUUUGGAACCUCAAUGGUGUUAUCCUCAAUAGCCCCAAAAUGUUGAGUGAUAAGACAUCGGUGGUAUCCAGGUUGCCAUCAAGGCUGCAAGGACUAUUUCUCGAUAUUUGGAUUCCUCUCAACCUGUUCAUUAUCUUCCAGUCCCUGGACAAUAUUCCUGUAUUCUUGAACGCACCUAAUCUGUCUGGAGUGAAAGAUCAGAGAUUGAGGAGCUUAUUACGGAACAUCGAUAUCUUGGUCUCACACCUCAUUCUACUUGUUGCUUCGUGGGCUGGAUGGGCUUUGGGACUCCAGCCAGUUCAACGGAAAUACACGCCCGACGACGCGUAUGAGACAUGGAAAUCGCGACAAAAGAAUUUCAAGAAGACCGCAUGA